AGUCUUUGAAGUCGCCUACUUUAAACUGGACUAGGGCGGCUUCCGUAGGAGUGUGAGUGAGUGGUUGGAGGGUGACGCAGAAGCGCUGAACGGGCAGAACAUUUCUAGUGUCAAGAUGGCGACAUCGGAGCCGGUAAGAGAGACAAGAGAUAGCUUUAAUUCGACUAAUGUGCUUGGAAAUAGACGCUACAACUUCAUCAUAUGUAGCGACUUUACUGUAUAAUUUGACUCUUUUAAAACGGGACCUACUAGUUUAAAGAAAUGUCUGUGUUUCGGUGGACAGAUGUGUGAGUUCGCGUGGAUCAGUUAGCGUUAGCAUGCUCGGCAGUGUGAUGGAUCAGGAGGUGCCGGACUUUGUUGGCAGGGAGGGACUGACUGGCUGGACGUCGUUCAUUCAAACUCCAUCCAAUGAUUUGUUUUAAUCUGCUUUAAUAUGAUAUCGAAAACGACACGCUGAGUAAUAACUAAUACCUAAAUUUGUUCACACUGUGAUUGUUUUCAUUAAAUAUUUAUUAAUCUGGACACGUGUGAGUCGAGCGUGUAGCUAGCUUAGCGUGCCUGCUAAAACUAAUGCUAGCGAUGUUAACCUUUAUCAAAGAUGUUAAUGUGUCACACCUCCUUAAAUCAACUCUAUUUUUCAUUUUGACAUAAUUAAGUAAUCUUAAAACUUGGUAACCCUUAGUAGACUCCAUUCAAUCUGCAUUUUGACAAAGAUCUGUUCAACUGUGGAUACAUUCCUCACCUCGGUAGAUAUACUGAGAUCAUCAGCCAGAUGUAGGUUGCUGAUUGAAGAUGCUUUGUAUUCAAAUGAGAUCUGUGAUGUGUUGGUUUGUGUCUAUCUCCACAGAAAGCACCAGAAACCGAGGAUCAACCGACUGACAGCCAGGUCGUUGCCAAUCCUGAGCAGUAUAUCAAGCACCCUUUGCAAAACAGGUGAGAGAGAAACUGCUGCUGUUAAUGAAACAGAGAAAAAUCACAGGUAAAUCAGAGAUUAGACUCAAAGAAUUCAGCACCUAAAAAUUAUGACCUUUUACAACAAUCCUGUAAUAUUCUCUUGGGCUGUGUCCGAAAUGAAACACUCAAUCCCUAACCCCUAACCCACAUAUGGGGUUUCACUAUAUAGCUGACUAUGUAGUGAGCUAAAUUACUGGAGGUUUCAGACAAUACAUGGCAUGACGGAAUGCAUGACGAGAUGCCCACCACCGGUGAGUGACCAUCGGAUGGUCACUACAUUUUGCAAUGCUCUAUGGUAAAUUUUGUGUCACCCAUAAGGGGCACUAAAAUUGAUCGCUCAGGUUUUAGACAUCCCUCAAAAUGGCGCUAACCCCCAUAUAGUCGCCUAUAUAGGGGUUAGGGAUCCAUUUUGGACACAGCCUCAGUUACAAACUCCUCUGCUGUUAAAAAGGCCCAUUUUGGGGUCAGUAUUUUGCCCUAGUUAGAGAGAUGACUGAUUACUAGAAGGAUACAACUGAUAAGAGGACACGCUCUGAAUCAGACUGUUUUGGUGAAAAACAGAUGCUUCAAAACUGUAUUAUAUUUCUUGAUCUUCAUUUUAUUUUUAUUUAACCAGGUUUGCCCCAUUGAGAUCUGAGGAUCUCAUUUGCAAGGGAGACCUGACCAAGAACGGCAGCAAUACAUAGUUACAACAAACAGUCACACAGACUCAAUACAGAUUAAAAAUGUGAGGAAACAUCAACGACAAAACAGCGACAUUCUGAGAGUUUGGACUCCAGCCUUUUAACUGCACAUUUAAAAACACUUAACGACACCAAGUUUUGCAUCUUAAAUUCAGUCUGCAGAUUAGAGAACCUGAAAGUCUUCUUUCCCAUUUCAGUUCGGACUCUGGGGACAACCAACUGUAUAAAUCUCAAUGAUCUCAGGUUGUGUAAUCUGUCCUUUAAGAUCAGUAAGGAGGAGAGGUAGUCAUUGGAUGUUUGAUCAUGUGAAGAACACUAUUUAUUAACAUUACCAAACAAUGGAAAAUCUUUAUAUAGGGAUAUCUUUAAAAAGGAUUCGACCAGCACAUGCACAGCUCUGUCUAUUAAUUUAAACACACUGCUGCAUUGUGUCGCAAUAAUUGACAUUUCACGUUAGGCAUGACAAAGGAGGAAGUAGUAAAUUAGUUCUUUAUAUGCAUCCGAAUACUUUACCUUAUAGAGGACAAAGAUACACCCCCUUUAAACUGAAACAAUCCAACAGUCUAUAUGGCUCAUUUAGUAAAAACAGAGGUAUAAAUGAAGACACUAGUCCAAAUAAACUACAGGAUGAAAACUAAAGGUUCAUUCUCGAUCAUUGGUUAUACUUAAAACAUUUUACUCAUGAAAUGGAUCAAAAGUCUUUAAGGCAGAUUGAAUUAUAAUGCCCUUUAAAAAAGAAGUCAACUAAUGACUAAAUUAUUUCAUUGACUAUUAAAUCACAGGGAGUGAAGCACAGUUGUCUUUUAUGACAGAUUCCUCUCACAAUUCGAACACGAAAAGAAGCCCCAGACCCUCCUUUUAGUACGAGAUAGCACAUCUCCCUUUAUCUGAGGGAAGGUCUUAACUUUGACUCUUGCUCUCUUGCUUCACACCCUCAGAUUAGAGCCUGAAGUUAACCACUGGCAUGAAAUUUAAGCAUUUCCUCUUACAGGGUUUGGAUUGGGUUGCUGCUGGUUUCUUUUUUAGUAGGAAUGAUUAUUUUAGUGACCCUGAGGAUUAGUAUUAACUGAAAAAUGACCUGUGAAUUCUUAUUAGACACACAUGAAUGUCAGGAAGGGUUUGGGUUACUGUGAGCCUAUAUUCGCAUUUUAUAAGAACAUCAUAAUCAGACACGAUUAAAAGCCGUCAUGGAAGUGCAGGUUGCUUUAAAGUAAACAGAAUAAAAGAUUCUGCUCCCCCCUCUGUGUGUUGAUGUUGCACGGUAAUUGUUGUUUGCCAUUGUCCUUUGGUGAUGCUAUCACACUUGUUUGUUACCGAGGACCUUAUUCAGGGGCAUUGCACAGAGUAAAUGCUGAGUAGUUCACUUGUCAUCUCUAGAUCGUUCUGCUCAUUCAGUGCAGCCUCAGAGCUUAAGGUUGUCAUGUCUGCUGCUCUGGCCGGGUUAAGUUUGAGUAUUUAGAUGGCUUCACUUUGAUUUAGGUUAAAAAGUUACUUUAGUGGUCAGUUAAAUGGGAUUACGCUUCAUUAGUAUCAGGCUGCUUACUGUAUAUACAUGCAGAAACUGGUACCUGAGAGUAUGUGGUCACUUAUGGUUUCUGUUUUAAACUCUGCAGCAGGAUGGCUGAAAUAGUUGAAUAAGUCUGCUCAUAGCUCUGCAAGAAUUUAAAUGCAGAAUGAAGAAAUAAACGUAAGAUGCAAAGUUGACAGAAGAGCAGCUUAAAAUAGACGCAUGCUCGGUCUAUUUUCUGGACUAAACUCUCAGCUGGAAAUCCUGCAGGACUUGCAGCAGCCUUUCUACCCCGCCUGCUUGUCUGAAGGUCAGGAGUUUGGCUGUAAUCACCCUGCGUUAUGUGAAGGUGCACAUUAACAGUACAGUCUGCACCUCUCUAUUACCCGGCUGUAACAUUAGUCGUUGUGUUAAGCUCUUUGCAGUUUCGAGCCAGGUCGCUCGGUUUUUCACAAGGACCUGAAAUGAAGGAAAAUCAACAGCUGCAGGAAGUUCAGCGAAACUCUCAGAAUCACACUUUGAGAUGGGAGUGCAAAUGUCCUCUUUGAGUUUUCAAGAUCGGACCACAGCUACACAGUUGUAACUCCCCUGAGAAGUGUCGACUUUGCUUAAGAGUACGAAUGUUUGAGGUGUCAAAAACACAGAUUUGUUUAUCAUUUCUUAUCAAAGUUGUGAAGGGUAUUUAAAGUGUUUAAGAACAUUUUUUAGAGCUUUCAGGGUUAAAACAAAACCCCCAUACCAGGACUUUGUGGAGGGCAGAAAGAUUGUAGCUAAGGAUUUGCUUUAUGUAACAAUCAUCAAACUUUUACAUCAAAAAUGUCAAAUGUUGGAAAGAAAAGGAUGAUGCUCCUCCAGACAUAAAGUGAUUGCCACCUUAAGUGUCUCCUUUAAUCCUUGUUUAGUCUCUUGUUUCAAAACUACACCUCACAGUCAGCAAAGACAGAUCACCUGCGUUUGCAACCGAGUCCACCACCCACGCCUGAGGAAAAAAGUUAACUGGAUUAGGAUUUCAAGAUUUCUUAAAUAAGUCCAAGUUCAAAAUGUCAGACAGAUUUAACGCUCUAUGAAGUGUGGAGCCAUCUUCAAAUCCGUCGUCGACUUGACCUACUGUCUGCUGCAUUUGUUCGCAUGCUUUGAUUGGGCAUGUAAACAAACUGUGUCCUCAGCUGAGCUCCACAUCAGAGGAGUCACGCCUGUCUCGACGCUCACCCCUGUUGUGUAAUGAUGUGUGUCAGUAGAGUUGCUACACAGCUCUACCCUCUGAUACAUCUCUGCUGGGUGUAGUAACGUGCGUUUACAGCACAUGGGCGGAGUUGAUUCUGGGUUACUGUUAUAAAGGAGGGAGGGGGGCACAGGGUUCAGCUGGUGUCCUCUCGGUGCCCCCUGGUAGCCCCACCCCUCCUGGGAAUAGAUGAGAGAAUCACGGCAAACAAAGGCUGUAUUUGUGGAGCUGAUAGCCGCCUUUCUCUGUCCUUUUUUCACUGAUAUGCUCUCUUUUGUCACCAGCUGUUGGGAAAUAAGUUUUAAAUCUGUGUUCGUAGGAUUCAGGCAUGAAUUAGCUCAAAGUUUAACCCUUUUCAGUUUUAUUUUGAGGUUUGUGGGCUUUUUAUAUAACAUAGUAGUUAGUUUGGCUCUCCUCAUGCACACUAACCCAUGAAGAAACCUCAAAUGUAUAAUCAGGUCAGAUCUUUUGGCAGCAUUUACAGCUUAUAUGCUACCCCAUUGUCUCUAUUCAGAAUCCCCUCUAAUAUGAAAAACAGUCGUCAAAUAUUGCUGCCAAUGUCACAUGCUUUAUGUGUGAUGUUUUUGGCUCUCUGCUGCAGUUCUACAUGAUUCUCCAUCUCCGCUGCUCGCCUCCGUUUAAAAUUGCCAGAACACAUGAGUGUGACUGCUGCUGAUUGUUGCCACAAACUAAAGACAAACCCCGCAGCAGCAGGCGGCGAACUCCUCGCUAUUAUUAACGCAUGCCACCAUGUUGGCACGUGAACCGUUUCUUAAGAUGACUUUCAGUUUGGGCACUAGGCAUUCAGGAAACACAAGAUCUGAGUCACACCUACUCAUGUUUUAUUUUUAACCUUCUCUGAUAAAAAUAUAAGUGCUUAUAUAAUUGAAGCAAGUAGGGAUGACCUGAGUAUCAGAGGUCCCAGUCGAAUACUAGAAAAUAAUGGAGCUGCACACUGUACUGUUUGUUAAUAUCAUAACUUAAAGGUGUCGCAGCUUAUUCCACAUGUAAUCUGCUUUUAUACGCCCACCAAAUUGCAACACUGCACACUUAAACUCGAGGCAAAGCUGCUGUGAUAAUGCUCACAAUGGCGGUGUCUAUCUGCUGGACAAAAAACAAUUAAUCCUGGACAUUCACUCGGCUCUCUUUUGUUAUAUCUUCUUUCUUUUCCAUUAACAAACCAGAUUACAAUAUCGACAAACUCCGAUUACCGUUGUUUUAAAGGAGGAGGAAUCAAUCCAGUGUGCAGUGAGACUCAGCAAUGACACAGGAGAAACUUCAGAGCUCCAAAUGUCUGCGGUCAAAUUAGCAGUUAAAUCCCAGUUUGAAUCCCCUCCUGUGUUGUUGACAGACUUUAAUUCUCCAGUAGGACAGUGUCUUAAGUGGCAUGUAGUGGCAUGAAAUACUUGUUAAGCUAAAACAUGACAAAAAUCUUCAUUCUCGACCACAGAGAUGAUUCGGCUGCCCAAAGUGAUCCAUUUAACAACCUUCUCUGUCAUUUUUAUGUAUUUAUUUAUUCUUUCACAGUCUGGCUCUGUUGGUUUAGUAAAUUCUGUUGCAUGUUCGGUUUUCAGAUGUCAUCUCAAACUGGUUGUAUUGAAUACAGCUGAACUGCUACGGCCUCAUAAACAGUCAUGUUGCUCAGUUUGUUGCUCAGUUUCUAAGUGGCGAUCAGACCGCUUCUCUGUCUGGUUUAAAAAAAUUCCACACUGCUGAUAUUUACGCCACGGGACUGCGAAUGCUUAUGUAAGAGACUGACUUGUGUUCCGAUCAGUUAAGCCAGAACGCUUUGUUACACCGAGAUACUCGAUUGUUUGCAUUCUGACGCAAAAUAUGCUUAACAACAGCUGACACGAUCCACCUGAGGACGUCCUCUUGACCCGAGUCCUCCACAGUGUUGACUGACCCACUGUCGACUUCCACUCGUUUGGUUCUCUUCUUUAAUUUUUGUUCACUCUCCUCAGAUAACACUCUCCUGACUUAAGAUGCUGACAUAUGCUCAGCUUGUAGGUGGAGGUUCAAACUUCGAGAACUUAGUAAUAUAUAAUAUUUUACCAAACUCUGACUAACCCUGCACUCUUUUCAAGCAUCGCCCUGCUGUCUUUUGUUUGUGUGGAUUUGGGCAGGUGCUAACUGGUUUAGGUAUUCGACCGGCUCGCUUACUGUUGCCUGAUACUUCAUUUGAAGCAGUUUCACAUCCUGAUAUUGAUACUGGUGAUACUUUUGGAUCAACUCUUUGCUUUUCUCAUUUUACCUCUGAUUGAUGAGUACUAAGUGUUUUCAUCUGUCUGUCCUCUUCCAGAUGGGCCCUGUGGUAUUUCAAAAACGAUAAGAGCAAAAGCUGGACGGAGAACCUGCGUCUCAUCUCCAAGUUUGACACAGUGGAAGACUUUUGGGCGUAAGUGUCGUCUCCUAUCAUGUGAUGCCAGAAAGAGUUAUCAGUGCCUAAUGUGGGGAGUUUGCAAGUUCUCUGAUUACACUGUAGCAUGUAGUUCAGGCAUUGUUUCUAACGCUGCAGUGAGACCAAAAAUAUCAAUUAUACUGAAGUUAAAGAAUCUAUUAAAGAUAUAAACAUUUUUGCAAAUAUCUGAUGUAGAAAACAAAAUCUGUAGCACUUACAGAUUCAAUCAUCUGUGUGAAAACAGGUAUGACUUUGUCGUGCUUUUCACUGUUUCCAUUAAAAAGGCCUUUUUUACCCUCCCACUGAUCCCACAAUCACUUCACUUCUUGUGUCACAGGUUAUACAACCACAUACAGCAACCUAGCAAACUUGGCUUUGGCUGUGAUUAUUGUUUAUUUAAGGUAAGACCUUUUUUUCCUCCCCGUCUUAUUUGAUGCGUGUAAACUUUGAUUUGUUUUGCCAGCACACUUCACUAAGAGCUUUACCCCCUCUGUGUAGGAUGGGAUCAAGCCGAUGUGGGAGGACGACAGGAACAAGCUGGGGGGUCGAUGGUUGAUGACUCUCAAUAAACAACAGAGACACAAUGAUCUCGAUCGCUACUGGAUGGAGACGGUAGGGUGGCUGUUUUUAUGUGGCAGCUGGGAAUGAUUUCAUAGAUGUCCUGGAUACCGAUCGUGGUUGUAAAUCAUACUUAAACAGAUCCCUGUGACUCAUCCAGUGUGUGGUGUUUUGCAGCUCUUGUGUUUAGUCGGCGAGUCGUUCGAUGAGGCGAGUGAAGAUGUGUGCGGCGCUGUGGUCAACGUCAGACCCAAGGGUGAUAAAAUAUCCAUCUGGACGAGCAACUGCCAAAACAGGGAAGCCAUCAUGACGAUAGGGUGAGUCGGGAGAAUCAUUGUUGGUCGGAAAUAAGUCAAGUGAUGGAAGGAGGCCUCUUGUGCGUGUCUACCUCCUCAUGUUCUGCGUCUCAUAUCUUCCUGUCCUUUCGAAUCAAGGCAGAGGCAAAAUAAUGGUCUUCAAUAAAACAAAACAAAGUUGAGACAUAUCAGGGAGACUGAGAGGCAUGCAAAACAAAAGAUGAAUAAGAUUUGGUUAAACUUUGUAGAUCAUCUUCACAAAAUCUUGAACUCAGUCUAUGUUUGUGCACACACCACAUCAUCAGUGCAUUGUUAGGUGUGUUUAUUUUGUUUGGCUGAGAGCUGAUAAAGUAUGGAGGGUGCUAACUAUAGAGGCAUCUUCUAUUUGAGCCAACAGCUCCAGUGUUUUAAAAAGGGAGUGGUAGAGUAGCAAAGUAAACACAACUAAUUGAAUCAUGACGACUGUCAAUAGUCCUCAUCACAAAGAAUACGAGUUAAAAAAUGGAGGCCGAGACAAAGAAGUUAAUGCUCUCACCAGAAGAAGACACAAACAAGUGAAUCUCUCUGUAAGAUUGUUCGUAUCAGUCCACCCCUGAAAUGUUGGGGUCGGUUAGUAACCAGCACCAGUUAGUGAGUCUUUUAAAAUACAAAACAAGUAUUUAUUGGCACCUCGCCUGAAACCUUCUUUCUUCUUGGAGCGGUUUAAGUAUGUGUUUCUGUCAGCAGCACUUAACUUAGCCCUCCAGCUUCUUAUAAUUAUUGCUGUCUCCUGUCUAUGUGCUACGCUUGCUUGCUCAACUUCGUCUCAUACCUAACAAUCCUUAUAAAGUUCACUAACUUUGAUUGACCUCUAGAUGGAGACACUAAGCUUUAAUUCUCCCCUCUCUCUUUCCACAGUCAACUUUAUAAAGAGCGUCUGAGCCUCCCCAUCAAAGCCAUGAUUGGCUACCAGUCACAUGACGACACAUCCAGCAAGAGCGGAUCCACCACCAAGAACAUGUACUCAGUUUGAACCCCCCUGAAGUCCCCAUUUCAACUUGCUGUAGAUUUAAACAAUUACCAAACCGCAUCAUCACAAUAAUAAUUUCAGAGUUGUUACUACUGUAGAGUCUUUUCCUUUUAUUAAAAAGAGAUUUGUUCAUAGUGUGUACAGUUGGAGCUUCCCACAUUAUGAGAGAGAGAAGUGGGGCGAUAAUAAAAUAUAAGGAGGAGGUCUACAGAAAAAGAUAUGAGAACACAAAUGAUUUGCUUUUAGAGUUGAAGAGUUCUGUGAUAAAUACUAGUGACCUCCUCAUGCUUAGCUAAGAACAAGCUUUUUUUUCUCACAAGUUUAAUGGCCUGGAGUUAUUUAAAAAAAAAACACAUUUCUUAUAACUAUAGAGCCUUGUGUUUUUCUCAUGUUGAGUUCUCACUCCUUACAGUAAGUGUUUCUCACCUCAUGGGAAAAGACGGUACGCAGCUUAUCCUCUCACUGAACAAAUUUUAAGGGCAAUUUUAACUUGAUUUCUCCAGAAGUGUUACGCAUGAAGAAUCUACAGUAUCUUAAAGGUGUGUAAAGGCCGUGGUCACACUCCAACGCGUAGAGUUUGGAUUUAAGGCCACUUGUUGUUUCAGCUACGCUGGAAUUGUGGAAUAUUGCUUGUAGUACUUUUUGAACUUUUUUUCUUCCCCUUACAUUUAUUUAUAAUGUAUGCAUUGCAGUUGAACUACUUAGUUGAAAUUCUACCAUGAAAUUUGUGUUUUGUUUUUUCAAUUUGAUUUUUUUUUCUCUUUUUUGUUAUUCAAGUUAAUAAUGUGGACUACUGCAUAUAGGUUACAUUUUUUACAGUGUACUAUACAGUAAAAAUUCUGACAGAAUUAGGUGUGCUUUUCACUGUUUUCUUCCUAACAAAAACUGUAGAUAAUGUCACAAUCCUAUUGGUUGACGCAAAGGAAAGGUGAUAUUCAUUGUGAAAUGAUUUUGCUCAUAAUGUAUCUUUAUUAUCUGUAAUUCCAGGAUGUAUAUUACCUUCUUUCAAGUAAAGGUUAAGUGCUUUGCAUUAAAACUAAAACUGUGGCAUCUUAUAUGUGGAAAA